CCAGUUGGUGGAGCGCUUGUCUAGACUGCAGAGUGUCGUGGGUUUUAAUCCCAUCCAGAGCAGCUCUUCUUUCCUCGAGUUGUUCUGAGUGUAAAUGAGUUUGUUGCACUUUGCUUUGGUUUCAUUGCUGACACACACAGUCACCUAGCACUAUUCACUAUGUACUACAUGCUGCUGAGGAUUCACUAAUUCCACCUCUCUCUCCUAUCAACUGCUAUAUACAGCUGGGCAGAUGUCUGUAUAGUGGCCAGCACCUGGAGCACUGCAGCAUGAGACUCCAGACCCACUGUCUCUGGUACCAGGGAGACACUGUCACCUCGGGAGCCAUCGCCAACACCACCAGGGUGGUGUUCAGAUCCCUGUCGGCACAGGUCUUUAUCUUCAUUCAAAUCAGCUCCGAAAUGUGGGACUUUGACCCAAACGGUGAGUUUUUCUUUGACAAGGCAGUGGGUGGGUUUCUGAGGGAGCUGUUUGUGAGGUGGAGAGAGGCUGGUUGUAACCAUGACGUCACCAUCAUCUUCUUCUGGAGACUGCACUUUGACCCCUCCCUCUCAAGGGAUAGUGUGUCUAUUUCUUCGUCUGUUCGGGAAGACAAGAAGAGAGGUCUUCUGUAUGAAGAUUUCUUCAGAGUGAUUGUCGAGAGCACGUCCAAUUCAGACUGGUCUUCCGAACUCAUCAACAUCAAGAAGUCGUUUUUGAAGCUGAAACCGUUGAUCGACAGCCUGAGGGGCAAAGCCAAUGCUGAGCUGUGUAAGUCUGAGGAAGGGAACAUUCUGGAAGCCAUCAACCUUGCCUUGAACAUCAUGGAGCGACAGAAUUUGGACACCAAUCUUCAGCUGUCCGGUCAGCAGAUUGUGGUACUUACUGCCGGCACUGGCUACUUCGAGAUAGACAGGGAGCUGAUGCAGAUCACCAACGAGAGGCUGGUGUGUGGAGGAGUGACUGCAGAUCUAGUCAGUAUGAGAGACCAACCUCUCCACGCCAUGCCCAUGUUCAAGUUCCACAGUAAGGAUGAGGAGUUUUUCUCCGUACCUCACUGGAUCAACUACAGCUUCUACAGCUCCACUAGAGGCCGCGUCCAGAGACGGUUCCAGCCCAGAAUAUACCUCUCAGAUCACCUGGUAUUCUAUUCAAACCGUGGAACAGCUACUGCAGUAAAAAGUUGGAGCAAAGCCUUAACACUUAACCAGCCACUGACGCGUCCAGAGCCUCCAUAAGUCCAUAAGAAUUUAUAUGGGGGUUAUAAUACUAUGCGCUACAUAAAAUUCUGCUUGUUUAAGGAGAUACCCAUGGCGUCCAAAGUGGUGGCAAUUUCACAUGCACACUACUCAGUGUGGCAGCGAUGCAUGUAUUUUAGAUAUCGCAAUUCGAAAACCCUGCUAUUUCCUUCACUUCCGUCGGCGAUGAAAUCUGUAUUGGUUACACCGUGUUGUGAACAUUCUGUGCAGGUGAACAACUAUCUUCAGAAAGACCCAGCAAAACCGGCGAACGGGAGGCUAUAUCGCCCAAACACUGGAGCUCUAUCAACAGCAACAGACCCCCAGCUGCGAACGUGGAUCGACACAGACAGGUACGAUGGAGCCGUUUUCAAACUGCCGAACGCCCGUGCCAGAACCAAGGUGUACAGCGUGGCACGGAUGGCCGAGGGUGGAGGUAGGGUAGGGGGAGAGGUGUCCAAACUGGCGGAGAGAGAAGUGGGGGAGGAGAGCGGUGGGUCACCUAGUGGAGGAGGCCCUAUAGUUACCUUCCGUUUGGGAGACACGGAUCCGUUUGAUGGUCCACAUGACAGCAUAUCUCCGAGCCCAGAAUCUUACCCCACUGAGGUUGACGCCAGUCCUCGUCAAGCACAGUUCACAAGGUCUUUGGCACCCCCGAGACAGCGCUACAAGUCUGAAAACUACGGAGACGGAACUGCCGACAAACCCGGCUCCUCCCUCACGAGACGAGACCGAUCAAUCUUCACCUCAGUUGGGAGUGCCGAAGGCCUCCGCCAGGGCUCCACCCCCUGGGACACCUACCACGACACGCCCGGCAAUGACUGCCCCGCCCAGCAGAAGAAGAUCCUCUCCUUCAGCAACCCCUUCGACCCCAACAAGAUCCACUCGGAGGCCCCUGCGUUCCAGCGAAGAUGGGUCCACGUUUUCCCGACUAACAAGAGGGGCGUGGCAUUCCAGACUCACCACGAGACAGAGGGGGAGCCCCGGAAUUCGGACCCUACAGAUCCCUCGUGGACGAUGAUUAAAGUGCAGAGUGCGUCGAGUAGUCCGCAGACUCCAGGUCAGAGAAGAGGGAUUCUAAAGCAGUCGGGGUCAUCACCAGGGGAAAGAGGAGGGUCGAUUGGCGGCUCGCGCAGUGGGAGCUUUAGGGGGAGCGAGAAGGGACCGACGGGUGCUCUCGAGAGGGCCAGAGGUUCUCCGGCGAGUCUGUCGCCCAGGGAGAGACACAGAGAAGGAGGAAUGAAAAGGAACAGGAGUUUGCUGUCCACAAACGGGACAUCAGUCGCCAAUCGGGGCAGUCCCGGAUCCGAACCGGGCAGCCGAGCUCUAACGCCGAGUUCAUCUCGUCACACCUCGGCCACCAACACCCCCGAUCUUCUCCGACGACAGAGGUGGGCGGAGCCUUCCCUCCUCUCCAACACCACCUCCGAGAACAAUUUCUCCUCCAUCCGACGGACGGGAGUCGACUGGAUAUCGUUGGUGAAGCCGGCCCACCUCCCAGUGACCACUGAUUUCUACCCAGCCAAA